GUCAGAGCUGAAAAGAAGAAACACAUAACAGGCUCACCACACACAGACAUCUAGGACUUUUCACAAAUUUGACAUUAUGCCCACUACUAGGGACCCAUUUCCAUAUCCUUGUUUUGAGAAUGAAGACACUUUCCAAGGGAGGGAGAUUCAGAAAGCAACUUACAAGAAACCAUCUUACAUAGCACAGCGGGAAGAUCCAUGGAAUCGCUUAAAUGCCACCCCAACACUUUCCAGUGCCAGGAGAUCUUAUUAUUACAAUGAUCCAGAGGCUCCAUCUAACAGUUUAGAUUACAGUCUAAAGUCCUUGUAUGACCACCACAAUGAACUCCUGAAAGACCGCAAUAAAACACUUUUUCAGUUGGAGACUUUCACUGAUGACCAUAGGAGAAUCCUUAAAAAUAGAGUUAAAACGUCACCAACUAAUCAGGCAGAAAAGUCAAGUAUUCGUCAGUGGGUGAGUCCUGAGAAGGUCAACAUUUACAGCCUAGAUGGGGCCAUUGUAAGCCACCACACCGCAGCAACUAACCGUGGAUACUCCCGAAAACAUGACGGAGGAUACUACAGCAUCUGACCAUAAAGUCUUGUCUGUCCAGUGAGGACAUAACCUUUUCGCACCGUGUUAAAUAAAGAUAGGUUGCUCUGUG